AUGGCUCAUAUCACAGUAGCUACCACCAAUGCUACCGGUGGUGACUCCGGACACGUGGAAGCAGAAACUAUCACUUUGGGCCUUCGAGAUGCCAGGCCUGCGACUCUGGCUCUCCAUGCUGAUGAGACCUUGAGACUCGUGGACGACAUCGCUUCUCCUAUCCAUGUAUCAACUAAUUACAAGUAUCCCAAUGACCCCCAGCAGUUGAAGCCGUUCUACGGGCGAGAUAUUGGUCCGACUGAGUUCGUAUAUUCCCGAGAGUCAUCAGGCAAUCCGACCCGUCUUGAGGCAGUGUUAUCUUCCUUGCUGAAAUCCCCAUGCCUAACAUAUUCUUCUGGUCUCGCAGCUAUACAUGCAGCUUAUAUUUUGCUAAGCCCAAAACGUAUCUCCAUUGGCAACGGAUACCAUGGAACGCAUGGCGUACUAGAAAUAUUUAAACGAGUAUCAGGGUGCAAGGAGCUCCCGCUGGACUGUCCUGCAGAAGACCUUUCAGCUGGAGACCUGGUCUGCCUGGAGACUCCGGUGAAUCCAACGGGAGAUGCUUUCAAUAUUUCGCAUUAUGCAGAAAAAGCACACAGUCGUGGUGCGUACUUGAUGGUCGAUUCCACAUUUGCUCCACCACCACUACAAGACCCCUUUGCCUGGGGAGCAGAUAUAGUCAUGCACUCUGGAACCAAGUAUAUUGGUGGCCAUUCGGACAUGCUUUGCGGAGUGCUGGCUACCAAGAACAAAAACUGGUUCACCCAGCUGGCGGAGGAUCGCGUCUUUCUCGGCAGCGUCAUGGGAAGCUUGGAGGGCUGGCUCGGCGUCAGAUCAGCGCGCACUUUGGAACUAAGAGUGCAGCGGCAGAGUCAAAAUGCGAUGGACCUCGUAGAAGCUUUGGAUGGCGCACUUAGCGGUUGCUCAGUAGGCACCGGCCUUUCACAAAGUGACGUUGACGUUAUCAAAGAGGUGGUCGCCGAGGUCAAGCAUGCUUCACUGCAGCAUGGUGAUAAAGCCUGGCUUACGAAGCAGAUGCCUGUUGGGUAUGGUCCGGUAUUUGCUAUGGUAAUGAAAAAUGAGGACUUCGCAAAAUGUCUGCCGAGUAAGUUGCACUUCUUCGCCCACGCGACCAGCCUUGGCGGCGUUGAAAGUUUGGUGGAAUGGAGAACCAUGAGCGAUGCUACUGUCGAAAGAACCCUUCUCAGAUUCAGCAUUGGAAUUGAGGAUUCUCGGGAUUUGCUUGAGGAUUUGAUUUCCGGAUUUAGGGCAGUACUUGAGCAGGACGACCAAUUACAAUCAAUUACUACCAAGCUCGAAGACACAUGCAAUACAGCUGCAGAUCCUGCGGAGUCGGUAUAA